AUGAAGAUGGAGAAGGAAUAGUCAUUUUCUGUGUGCCCCAACUCAGCCUACACCCUUUGGCUCAAGUCUUUUACACACUCGAUCGUAUUAAAUAAUAAUGGUACUUGCAAUCCAUAAAGGCCAUCCAUACAAAAGAUAAGAGAGAAGCACCCUUCCUUCUUGCCCUGACCUUCUCUCUGCAUUCUUUCUUCUAUUGCUGCUCCUUUGUAAUCAUGAGUCCUUGUGUCAUCAUUACUAUGAAAAGCCUCUCUUUCUCUCUCUGUUUUUCUUUUUCUUUUUUCUUUUUUUCUCUUUUUACAAUUUCAGAUUCAAACACGAUUUCCCAGCUAUAUAACACUUGGUUUUUUCUCCCUACUUGGAUCACACAAAUAAUCUUCUCCCAAGUCCCAACUCUCUAAACGAAACCCUUCCCUUGAGUUUUUUUCUUUCUUUUUUUUCCAUUCUCAAUAUUAAACAUGUUGGUUAACCCUUCUUCAUGCUGCCGAAAACGUCAGUCCAAGCUAAGACAUAACGUUCGUGUUCCAAGGCUCAACAGGUUGAGAAGAUUAAGGACAAAGAAGAUGGGGGCCGUCGGGAUUAAAACAGAUAUGGAAAAAAAAAACUUGAAACUGUACAUGGAGAAUCAGAUUAUCAUACAAGAGAACGAGAAGCUGAGGAAGAAAGCACUUCUUCUUCACCAGGAGAACCAAACCCUGUUGGCUCAGCUACAGAAGAAGUUGUGUAAUCCGCCGAAUCAGUCCUUAAAAACCUAGAAAAUAACUGGCUAGCUAGCUGGAUUGCAUGGGAUGGGAUAUGGGUAAAUACUACCUUUAUUAAUAUAUAUACAGUGUAACACUAGAUGAUGUGCUGCUGAUGGGGAGACUGUAGGAGGAAUUAAAGGAUCAGGGGGGACGUGCUUCUUCAUUUCUUUCUUGUUUAUCUUUAGGGUUUAAAUUGAAGUUGGAUUUGUAAUGGGAUCAGCUGAUCAGGUUUGGAAUAAUUUUGGAAUUUUAUUGGAUGUAUCAAGGAUGGGAAUAUAACUUAUGUAGUGUUUAGCA